AGAAGAAGUAAGGCGAACACUGCCAAAUAUGGGCACAACACCGGCGGCGCUGACAGCUAGCUAUGUUAGCGUGUGGAUGAACUGCAAGACAGGACAAGUUUGACGCUUUUUUUAGUGACUGAUAAUAGUUACUUUGAGGGUGUUGUUGUACCAAGGUGGACGUCAGGAUAGCAUUUUACAACGAGUAACGAUCACAACAAUGUUAGCCCUGCUUGUAGCGACUUAGCUCAGCUGUAAAGGGUUGGAAGAGUGAAAAGUGGACAGGUAAGUUGUUUUUAUCACGAUCUAUGAAUCUUUUUCUAUAAAUUUUCAUCACAUGUUUUCUAAAUAAUCAGAUCUAACGUCCCUACACCAUAAUGCACAUAAUACUGACCAUCUCACCUGUUUCCUCACCCAAAAGGAGCAUUUUAAAGGAUGUCAGUGGAGUCUCCCAUGCCUCCCCCACUUCUUCCUCCCCCUCCACCACCCCCACCUGCUCCAGGCCCACCUCCACCUCCACCUCCAGCCUCAGCUCCCAAAAAGAAGCUGUAUCAGACUAUAGCCAGCAGCAUGAGUCCUGUAGAGGGGAACCACACUGAAGCCCGGGUUCUGCUCAGUCAGAGGGAGAGCAGGUGAGAGUUACAGGUCCAGUUAGAUUUACUGGGACCAUGAUGGUACUAGAGUUAGUUUGUUGACAAUCCCAGUGAAUCAGUUUGGAACCAUUGUUUUCACUUACCUAAAGACAAAUGCUCUAAAGUUUAAAUUUAGUAUUUUAUAUUCAAAUAUUAAAAUAUACAGUCUUUUUUCCAAAGUCACAAAAAAGAGAAUAUUAUCAGCAGACACGGCAAAGAUUUUUUUCGCUCUACAGAUAUUUUGUCUGGUCACCAAAGAAAUACAAAGUUUUUGCUGCAAAGAAAGGCUCUGAUGGCUCUGGUCAGUUUGUUGUCAGUGUUCGUUCCGGUUUUUCCACUUUGACAUGUCAUAAUGUUUCCUUUAAGAAGGUCAUUUGUGAUGCAGGACAGAUCAUGACAGGUGGUUGACAACAUAUAUACAGUGCAAACAGACAAUGGAGACAAGACAAAGUGACAGAUACAGCAAGAACACAUAACAUUUACAUACAUUUAGAAAGUGUUGCAAGACUGUGUUUAAUGAAGUGUGGGUGGUUGGGUGUUUUUAUGUGUGUUGUGAAGUGUGUGUGUUUGUGGGUGAGAAUGUUCCCUCUUUAUCCCCGCCUUUUUUUUUAAGAUUGUGAUGCUUAGUUUGGAAAGAUUGAAAGAAGAAAGAGUAAGUGUUAUGACUUAUGAAAAAAAAUACUAUUACUAGAAAAAAAAGAGGUCAUUUGUACUGGAUUGUUUAGUAAUUCUGAAAUUCUUUGUUUUUUCACUGUGCUUUAGCUUUAGGAAGGACCUGCAGUGGAUACUUGUGAACACUUAUGUGCCUUCCCUCAUUCAAGAUGGCCCACAGUAAGUCUGCAAAAUUGGUCACUCUACCUGAUUUGCAUAAACAUUGACAUAACAAAACCAGUUAUCACAACUGGCACAUGUACAAUGAGGCUAUUGUGUCAUGAGUAUAACCUGAAUGAAAUGGCAUUGUAAGUAAUUGAACAUGAUAUAUUUGUGAGGGUGUGCCUGUAAGUGUGUCAUUUAUCAACUCUUUAGGUGUGGUCUGGUGGCUUUGUGGAUGGCAGCUCAGCUUCGACAGCCACAGCUGAGUGUUGACAUGGAGACUGUUGUUCAGACAGCGGUUAGGAAAGGCUACACGGCUCAGGGGGAAAUGUUUUCGGGUGAAAAAUCAAACAUGUAAACUGAUUUAAGACAGUCUAUUUUGAAUAUGAAAAUAACAUGGUGGGUAGCGAAGAAAAGAGGGUGAGUUUCUGUCCUAUUUGAUCAACUACGAGAACUUCUCGAAAUCUGCAAAGGCAAAACACAAACCUUAACAUUACUGCAUGGUGCCUCAAGUGCAAACAUUAAACUGCUUUAAACAGAUGUUCAACUAAAAAUGAAGUUACACACUUUGUUGAGUUUCUUUAUGAGCUCAUUAAGGUUUUUAUUUUGCAGCUGAUGACAUGGCCCUGCUGGCAGAGGAGGUGUGUGGCUGCAAGGCAGACCUGCUGUCAGGGGGACUAAGGGCUAGCAAUGCAGAGAGCAUCAUCACACACCUGUGGGGGAGACAACCUGUUCUCAUACCGUAUCCUUUUACAAACAGAACCACAAUGAGGGGGGAAAUAGUUUUAUUACUUUUGUUCACUUUAACUUUUGUCAAGAAAAGUUUGUAAUCAAGAGACAAAAUUCCUUUACAGUAAUAUUCAGAUAUGAUGAGGACUACAAUCAUGAGCCAUGCCAACGCAGUGGCCACAGGGCACACUGGGCAGUUGCUUCAGGUAAGACUUGAGUCAAGUGUCAGUAAGCAUUUCUAAGCAUUUCUAACCUAACUCUGUAGAGCUGACACAUUAGGCACAGAUCAGAUCAACCGAGAGCAAGGAAAUGGGCAAAACUGUAUUGCCCUUAGCUACAGAAACUCGUGGGAAAUAUUGUGUAGGAAGAUAAUGGUUAGAGAUUAAUUUGACAAAUCUACUGAAAAUCUGAGGGAUUAUAAUUUGGUAACAUAGUGUGCAUCAUAGGGAAAUAAUCCCACAUUUACAGAAAAUACUCCUUGUUAACCCUCCUCCUGUAUUAGAGUCUGCAUCGACCCGUUUUUGUCAGGAUCCUCUAUGUCAACAAAAUAAAAAUAAAAAUAUUACAUUGACUAAAUUAUAAAAUGCUCUUAUUUAAAUUAUGCCACUUGUCAUGUUAGGGUUGCUGUUGACCCGGUUAGAUUAAUAUCUAAUAAUUAGAGCAAAAACUGAAAUCAUAUGUGCACUGACAGGCACCACACUGACAGUCAGAUCUUGUUCCAGUCAUGUGAGAUUUAGGAAAUUCUCAUUUUGCCAUGUUUUUCCCUGCACAAAAAACAACAUCGGGCAUGUCCAGACAUGUGAGAUGAAUUAGGAUAGAUGUCUGUAUUAGGGGUAUACUGACAAAGAAAGGCCCAGAGGCCCACUACAAAAACUGUUCUAAGCAAUAUUUUCAUGGAUACUGAAGCCCAAUAAGUUAACCUAGAGAUGAGAACCAAAUUUGGAUGAUAGAGAAUUGUUUUUAGUGUAAUUUACAGCUGAUUUAAGACACAGGUCAAAACCGACCUUUAACAUGGUGGGUGCGUAUUAAAAGCUAACACAGGAGGAAGCUUAAAGUAUCACUGUAUUCCAAAUUUCUUUCAAGCCACAGUAAAACUGUGUCUGCUUGUUCCAGGUGUGCUCCUGGGUUUGGAUCAGCAGAGUGUGAGCACAGAACACACUGAACCUGAUCCCACUCUGUCCUGGCUUCACCUCGUUACUGAGAGCAGCAUCCCUCGUCCUGACAGCGCAGCCAUCAAAGAGGUCCAUGUCCUAGCUAAGCAGGGUAAAAGUCUGCGCUACCAGCUGUGGAGUUUGGACACUGUUGCCCAAAGCAACGAGCAGCUGAGGACAAUGGACCCUCUGAGGGCAAAUGAUGGGACCCAGUAUGUGGUUCCCGCAGGAGGAGUGGAAGCUGGGCUGGCUGGAAAGGCGGUACUACUUCACACGAGGACAAAGGAGUAGAAAUAAGUGCAACUAAGGAACGUCGUGCAGCUUUGGAGGCUCAGGAACACUGUGACAUGUUGUGUCUUCUCAGGGAUCUGAUCGGCUGAACUCAUUUAAAAAACAGCCGCUGCUUUUACUGCUGUACAAUGUGAUAUCUUAAUCUUCAAAAUGUGAGAUUAACAUCACAGUUAUGAUAUUACAAAUGCCACAGCUCUCAUAUUGAGUAUCAUCUUCAGGCUGACUGAUAAGACACGAUGAGCUGAUAUCAGUUUUAAGAGCCACCUCUUCAGCUGUAUUAGGCCUUCACUUAAGGUGCCUUUAAUGACAAUAUCAACAGUUUUUUUGCAUCAAUGUAAUGAAAAGGAUAAGUUUAAAGUGUGUAACUUCAUAUUGCUUUACUGGAUAAAAGCAAUUUAGUGUGGUCCAUACUUCCAAACCUCUGAUGCAAUCAGUAUUUAAAUUAUUAGCAAACCAUCAGUUAUUGUUUUUUGUUUAGCUCUGUUAUCCUGCUAAAAUGUGAAUGUUUGGGUUUAUAAGGGAAAGAAAUAUUUUAACACUUCUAGUCAGAUACGAGACAUUUUGAGAACAAAAAAUGACUGAGAAAAUAUUCUUAUUUCCAGUUUAUUGCAAUCCAUGACCUGGUAAUUAAUAAGUUUUCAGCAUGUUUUGUGACUUUAAAUACACUGCUUUUUAAAAGUACAA